AUGGAAGGCAACAAGUUUCAUGAUCCAGAAACACCUCCACCUAUAGAUUUAGGCCAUAUUCGUCCUGUGUUCACUCGAGGCUCAAUUGCAGCAGCAGGCGAAGACGAUGAGGCCAAUUCCGAAAAGACGCUCGGCAGAGACUUUGACGAAAGGGUGAUUGGCCUUUCCGUGGAUUCAACAUCUUCUUCCUCGACAACAAAUAACAACAAUACCAUUCAGAGAAGAGUCAGUCAUGCAGAUCACGCGCUCCAUCUGGUAGAUGCAGUUACAAAGAACAACAGCAGACGCAGACCUAGCAAAGGUGGUAUCCUAUCCAAUCUCCUAAAGUUGGAUUUAUUCGAAGAGAAGAAUCGCCGACGCCAGCAAGGGUCUUCAUCUGCUGCUGCCCAUUUACCACAACAUCCUACAGCCUCAUCGGUGUCAUUGAAUCAACAAAAACCUUACCCUACUCGUCCAACACACCAGUUACGAUCAAUCGCUUCCAGUCGAGCUCUAUUGCAAACAGUAGGCGCAUCUCCACAGUCUGCCCGAAGCAGCAUGUACUUUGAGGAUUUGCACAAAGCUGAACUCGGUAUCACCGAUGAUGCUUCAGUAGCCGCUCAUCGUAUGGCAAUUGCGUCGGAAAUUGCUGAUAUCCUUCAGCGUCAAGACCUCAUAAUCAAAUUGGGCAAAUCGCUCGUCAGAACAGGCGCGCCAUCUCAUCGUAUUGAAGCUGCUAUGGAAAAAGUAGGAAAACGUCUUGAAAUCGAUGGAAGCUACGCUGUUUUACCAGGAUUGAUCAUUGUUACUUUUGGCGAUGUGGAGACACAUACAUCCGAAACUCAUUUGAUACGUUGUUCACGUUCUUUGGACAUUGGAAAACUGGAGCGGUCAAAUGUGAUUGCGUAUAGAAUUGCCAAGGGAGAACUAGACCUCGAAGAAGCGACCACUUUAUUAGACAGCAUAAUCAAUGAGCCGCCGACUUGGAGUCCUCCUAUUGUCAUUCUCGGCUAUAUUGCAACAUCUGCAUUUGUAGCACCUCUAUUCUAUAACGGUUCUUGGACAGAUUGCUGGGUUAGUGCUAUUUUUGGCCUAUGUGUGGGCAUCUUGACUUACAUCUCAGAGAAAUUGCCCAUGUUUGGCAACGUGUUUGAAAUGGUGGUUACUAUUCCUAUUGCUGUGAUCACACUCGCUUUACACCCUCAUGUUUGCUUUGCCGCUGUGGCCAUGGCAGCUAUUGUCAUUGCGCUGCCAGGUUACUCGUUGACAUGCUCUGUGAUGGAAUUGGCUGCUAAAAAUCUAAUCAGUGGCACCGUGCAUCUCGUGUAUGCCUUGAUGUACGUCCUGUUCCUGGCAUUUGGUAUCGGUUACGGAUGUUCUAUUUGGCGGCUAGCCCAUCCAGAAGCGAUCAUUAAUGUUCUUGGCGCAUGUCAAGAAAGCAUUAAUCCUUGGUGGACGUUUCUCAUCUUACCCUUAGCGACUAUUGGCUUUGGCGUUGUCUACGGUGCCAGUCCAAAUCAAUGGCUGCCCAUGGUUGGCGAUAGCGCUGCAGGGUAUGCAGUCUAUUACUUUGUUGCGAAAUACGCUGGCUCAUCCUCUGUGGUCACACCUAGUGCAGGUGCCUUUGUAUUGGGAUGUUGUGGUAAUUUGUAUGCUCGUUUGACUAAGCGCUUAGCUUUUGUCCCCAUCAUGGGUGGUAUCAUUAUUCUCGUACCAGGAAGUAUUGGUGUCAAGGGCGCAGUUCACCUCUUUGAUGGCUCCAACAACGGAAGCGGCAGCGAAUUUGUAUUCCAAGUGCUGGGUAUUGCUCUCUCUUUGACAUUGGGCCUCUUUUUGGCUAAUCUUGUGAUUUACCCAACCGGUAAAAAGAGAUCUGUGUUUCUGGGUUUUUGA